AUGACUAGCUAAUUUGUAUCUGCAAUUUUCUACAGAUAAACUGAUCAACAGUAAAAUUUAGAUUUCUAUUUAGAUUAAGAUAAGACAACUGGAUAGCUUAAUCACAUCUAAUUAGACUUAUUGUCUGAGGACCUUGACCCUUCUCUCAACAUUGCUUUAGCUAGAGGUUUAUACUCAAAAAUUUACUCUUAUGAGGUGAAUAAUUAAGAAGAUUACAUAAAAUUAUUGAACUCAGAUGAGCACUUCUUCAAAUUUUCAGCAAUAUUGAAAGAAAUUAAUGACUGCGACACUUUAAUAGAUGGAUAAAAUUUCAAGAUUUAUUAUAUAAAUUACAAUCAAUUCUUCGAAGAAAAGCUUCCACUUCAUAAGGCUGAAUUAAAUUCAGAAAAUGUGUAAUAAUAAACAAAGUAAUUCUUCUAAGAUCACAAUAUAAUAGAAUAUGCAAAGUAAAAUUUAAAAGCUUAAAAGACUCUAUUUUGCAUUUUAAAUUCAGAAGACAAAAAACAUUGGGUAAAUAUGUAUGAAGGACUUUUUUAGGGUUUUUUGCAAGGUGAGAACUAAAAAUGGAUAACAUUUAAUUUAUUAGAAAUGAAACCAUUCGAAGAAGAGCUCUUUAAAAAAAUUAAAGGAUUUGUUAUUACAGGAAGCCAUUAUGAUGCUUAUGAUACCUCUAUGCCUUGGGUGCCUUUCUCUUAUGAUAUCUUUAACAAAAUUAUAUAUCCUGAAUAAGAAAAUGAUCAAAAGUUACUUGGAGUUUGCUGGGGUCAUCAAGCAGUUGGUCAUGGAUGUGGUGGAAAAGCUUCUAGAAUGCCUCAUAAAAACUUUUACAAAUUUAGAGAUUAAAUUAAAUUCAACGACAUUGAUGUUAAUGAUAAACUUAAUCUCAGCAAAGUUCUACCCUAGCCUUUUUACUCUAUCAAAUGCCAUGGUGAUUAUGUUUAUGAGUUAGCAAGAGAAGCUAAGUUAAUUUCUUUUUCAGAUAAAGUAGAGAUAGAGGGAAUGUCUAUCAGAAAUAGAGCACUUACAUUCUAGUUCCAUCCAGAGUUCAAUAAAAUGAUUCUCUUCAAGAUUUUAGAUGAAUCUAAAAACCUUCCAGAAAUUCAAGAAAUAGUAUAAAAGGCAAUUAACAGCUUCAGCUAAGAAGCUUACAUUUCUAACAAGUAUUUAAAUGCUCAGCUUAAGAAAUUUUUAGCAUCUUGA